AUGUCAAAUACAAACAUAUCAGAAGACUCACCCUUGAUCUCCAAGGAUGACCCUAUCCUCAUCAAAACUUAUAGCUCAACAUCUCAUGAAUCUACCACAAAUGAAGAUAACGACUCUGCAAGCUUUGCAGAAUCAAAACUUGAAGAUGGCGAUUAUUAUGAAUCUUUAGAAUCCGCAGACGCAGAAAAACAUAAGCUCGGAGUUGUCUCAACUACAUUCUUGCUCCUCAACAAAAUGAUUGGCACAGGUAUCUUCUCCAUUCCAGCAAGUAUCUAUCUCCUCACAGGCUCUGUCUACGGCACCAUUGCCCUCUGGAUAGUCGGUGGUAUCAUUGCAUUCUCCGGCCUCAACGUCUACCUCGAAUUUGGUCUCAAAAUACCAAAGUCAGGAGCUGAGAAAAACUAUCUCGAACGAGUUUAUCGAUAUCCUCGGUAUCUCAUUCUCACCUUCUUCACAGUCAACUCUAUUGUUCUAGGUAUCUCAUCCAGUAACGCUUUUGCUUUCGGCACUUAUAUUCUCUUUGUUCUCGGCUACGAAACCCCCUCUGCAUGGGCUGCCCGCUUCAUUGCUGUUCUCGCAAUCACUCUUGUCAUUCUCCUCCAUGGCCUUCUUCCUAAUGUUGGUAAGCGUCUUUUUAACAUUCUCGGUGGUAUCAAGGUCUUUGUUCUCUUGGGUAUUGCUGCCUGUGGAUUUGCCAUUCUUUCUGGUGCUGUCAAUCUCCAGGAGCGCCCAGAUAACUUUAGCGGCUUCUUUGGACAGUCUACCAUCACUGCUGCUGCUACUUCUACUGCUCCACCCUCCACCCCCUCUUUUGGCGGUGGUCCUUACAACUAUGCCGUGGCUCUUCUCCGGGUAGUGUACUCUUAUCGCGGCUGGGAAAAUGGCAACUUUGUCAUGGGCCAGAUUAAGCGCCCAGAGCGCACUCUCCGCAUUGCCGGACCUGUUGCCAUCGCUAUUGUCACUAUUCUCUACACUCUUUGUAACGUCGCCUACUUUGCCGUCAUCCCUGCUGAAACUAUCCGCACUUCAGGUGCCAUUAUUGCCGGCAACUUCUUCCGCAUCCUGUUUGGUGACUCUGCUGCCUCCAGAUUCCUCCCCCUGCUUAUUGCCAUGUCUAACAUUGGAAACGUUCUUGUUGUUACUUAUGGCCAUGGAUGGAUGAAUAUGGAGUUUGCCAAACACCAUCUCCUCCCUUACUCCAAGUUCUUUUCCUCUCUUAAACCCGUUGGCGCUCCUCUUGCUGGCCUUUCUCUGCAUUGGUUCUUUUCCGUUGCCAUUCUUCUCAUUCCUCCUCCUGGCAAGAUUUACGACUUUAUUGUUGAUCUUUCCUCCUACCCUAACGCCAUCAUUGCUACUCUUGUCACUUUUGGUCUCAUUUAUCUCAAGCUCAACCGUGAGGCUGAGGACUGGCCCAAGUUGCCCUUCAAUGCUUCGUGGGUUUUCGUCCUUAUUUAUCUUCUUGCCAAUGUCUUUUUGGUCCUCACUCCACUUGUUCCUCCUGCCAAAGACUCUAUGAUUCCAAACUCCAUGCCAUUUUACUCAGUUCCAUUGGCUACUUCCGUGGUUAUUGCUGUGGCCAUUGGGUACUGGUUCUACUGGUUUAGACCUUCCAAUCUUGCUAAAAUUGAAAGAAGUCUCCAAGGCUUUUAA